UACCGACUGUAUUUUUUGGUAGCGCGCGCGUCAUCUUGAAACGUCCGUGUUGGUUGUAAACGCGCGUAAAUUUGUUUUUGUACUGGAGUCUGUCUCGUGCUGUAACAAGUUAACUUUAUUUUACAUGAACACAGCAGCAUACUGCCAUGGACAGAUACGUGCUAGUUGUUAUAAUCAACCUAGAGCCGAAGAGAGAUAGUUGUUUCAACGGGGUUGAUGAAACUAAGAAAGUGUUUGAUAACCUCAAAAAUAUUUCUGGUUCGAGUUUAACACGAGUUCCUCUAUUUCCAGCCUGCUCUCUGAGUGGUAGUCCUGCUCCACAGAGAUGGUACUUUGCCAUUCAAGCCAGUUAUGGUACAACACAGUGGUGCAGCUCAGAGUGGGAGGAACUGUGUUCCCAGCGCAGUGACAGUGAGGAAUCCGAGACGUCUGCUCUAGACAGCUGCAUCGCUGCCCUUCAGGAGCAAGAGGAACAGGGCACACUCACAGAGAACCCGUCCCAUGCAGAACUCUUUGAAGAGGCUGCUGAAGGUCUUCAUCAACUAGCAGACAAACUUCCUCAUCCAGGGAAGUCUUUGCUGGAUGUGAUUGUGCUAUGUGUGGGCGAGGAGGCGGGGUUGAAGGAUAUGUUGCCUGUGAUUGGCUCUUUGAAGCACAUGAGGGCGUGGCACUCUGCACAGAUGAUCAUGGUCACUGAACACAGUGCAGGGUGGCAGAAAGCAGCCAUGUACCUGGACGCCCGCCUGUGUUCUCCAUCAGUGAUUGACAGCUGUGUGGAUGGGAGGGAGAUCUGGAGAGGUGGACUCCAUAUUAGAGAGAAAAAGUUUGUCUCAGAGCUGAAGUUUGAGGGUUUCUGUCUGAGAGCUCAGAGGAGAAAUCACUGGAGUGACGCACUGUAUCCUCACACAGACCCACAAUGCCACACUGAUCAUAAACUACAGCAUGAGGUAUUUCAGUGUUACCAGCCUUUGUUGGAACUGAUUCAGCUGGUCAGAGUCACAGAUCUCCCGAUUCUCCUCCAUUCCAGCACAGAGUUUGAACUUGGAUUGGCUUCCAAAUCUGUCAAAGCUAAGCUACUCUUGGACCAGCUAUCCACAUUGCGUGGAGAGGUGGGAGCUUUGUUUUCUCUGUCCUGCGUGAUAAGCACUGAGACUUUCCCAGCAGCCUCCCAGCUCAGCUCCUGUAAAUGGAGAGACUUCAUGUCCAAACGUCCCAAGGACUUACCUGUGCCUGAUGUGGAGGUAAAAGGUGAGAGAGGCCACUACCUCUUCUUGGUGCAGGGGGCGGAGUCUGGAGGCUGCACAGCACGAAUGAUACACACGGCCAAUCAGAUCAAUGGAGCCGCUGCCCUGGCAACUAUUAAUGCCCUCAUCAGGGAAAAAGUUCCGCCUUCCUCAGGGAGCAGCACUGCUGACUGGCUGCGGUCCCUGCCAUAUCUCCGUGGAGAGCAGUUCUUGCAGAGGGAGAGAAAGCUGGCCAAGGUGCAGACCCUGGUCCUCAAGGAAUGCUGCCGGCGACGAGUGGAGGUCCAGAAGCCUGCCGCCUUUCCUGUAAAUGAAUUGAAGGCUUUGCUGAGUCUGGCCAGAGAGCAGUACCUUCAGAUGCACGACGCCACACUGCCUAGAGCCACUGAUCACAUGUGCCUGGAGAAGGAGAACCAAACUUCAUCUUCUAACAGAAGCGGUGUGAAACAUUCUUCUCACACAGAAUGGCCAGAGAGGAGCGUCCUACAAAACUACGAGAACAUACAGAGAGUCCGACAAAGGUCCAGGUGCAGACUGUUCAGCAGUGGUUCCUCUGAGAGUCUGAUGGGGCCUAAAGAUAGCCAGAGGGGUAGUUCUACACUGCUGGAUGCCAGAGAGCUGCUCAAACACUUCACCCCUGAUGGACUGCCUAGCGGAGAACUACAGCCGCUGCCAGUGCUUAGAGGUGAGCAUGCAUUUCAGUUGUCUCCUGACCUCACACCCAGGAAGGUGACCGAGCUCACGUUCUCAAAGGCCGCCAGAUCCCACUACCACGGAAUAGAGUUCUGUCUGGAUGAGUGUAAGGCUCUUGAGCGAGACCGUGGCUUUGUGAAGCUGCAGUCUCGUCUAAUAAGAUAUGAGACCCAGAGUACAUGCUGUAAGGAGCCCUGCCCUGUGCCGUUCACCCUCAGCCCUGCACCCUCCCCAGCUGUGCUGUCUGAACCGGGCAGUGUGCCCGACGGUGAAGCUCUGCACAGUGAGCCACCCCGCCUCAAACGCCGCUCCCGCGAAAUAGACCUCCAGCAACACAAGAGGUUUUGUAAAUCGGAGAGCUCUGAAUCUCUGGGCGCAGGUGGCACUCACCCUGCAGUGGGGGCUCUACGGCAGCAUGCGGCCCACUCCCGCUCCAGCUCAGGUCUGGCCAGACGCUCUGCUUCUGUUGCCGACCCCUCACCCAGUCAAAAACCCACCCAGACCCAGACCGAGUCCCGCUCCCAGAAACACAACAGGAUGCUGAGGGAGGUGGUUGCUAAGACGCUCAAUAAACACGGGAUCAGCAGCAAGCACAAGUGCUUUGAAGCCUGCAGUCAAAGACUGUUUGACAUAUCAAAGUUUUAUCUGAAGGAUCUGAAAACCUCACGGGGCCUUCAUGAGGAAAUGAAGAAAGCAGCCAGUAACAAUGUCAAACAGGUGAUUGAUUGGGUUGUGGAGAAAUCUUCUAAAAGAUGAACAGAAUCAUUUUCAGUCUGAAUCGUUGAAGGUAAACCUGCAGUAGGACGUCAUAAGAACAACAUGAUGCUACAAAAUAAAUAGAAAAAGCUUGUAGAAAAGAGCUAAUACUACAGAACUUCUCACAGCAUUAAUCAUGGAACUGUUCCAGACAGGCAUGUACAUAAUUGUUUGUUUUUUAUGUAUUUGUGAUAAUCAUAGAUUUUAAUGUAUUAAAAAUGUUUUAUUUGGUUUUA